GUCGCGCAUCGGUCUCCGCUUACCUGUUAACACGCCAGUCACCUUGUAGCGUGGAGCGGUACGCCAUGCCGUGGUCGAGGCGUGCAGUGGGUAGUCUGGAGAGUGCAUAUUAGACAGCGCGAGCUACUCAAGCUCGAGCAUUCGCCGGCGAGCGCUCGGUGAGAUCGGUGCCGAGUUUAUUCUCGCGUGUCGUGCUCGCUCGCUCGCUCGUUAUCGUACGCGUACCAUAGUCUGUGAACUUCGUGUUGUUUCGUCCCGCUUAGCAUCGUACGAUACGGAAUAGAAACAACGAAAAAAGAACCUUGAAGCCGUGAUCUGCGUAACAAGGGACGUGUACCAUUGUGGAAUUCUACGCUGUGUACAUUUAUUACUUCUAGUGGAUAUCAGCGUGUCGACGCGCUGGCCCGCAUGUUUUCCCGCGACGCGACCGGAACGCCGCGGUCCGUCGACACCGUGGUCCAGAGGAUGCAGCCGAAUCCUGGCAACCGUGGAAAGUGAAGUUUUCGAAAGGGACAAAAAAGAGAAAUCGCGGAGGAGCGAGAAAUCGAGCGGACGGGAAGCGGGCAUUUUCAACGACGCGAUCGUUCCGGCCAGUGUGUCUCCAACGACUUUCGACACGUGAGUGUUUCGAUGGACGAAAACUGAAGCGUAACACCGGCAAAAGCGAAUCCAAGAUAUACUCGUGCGCCGGGAAUUAGAAAUCAGAGAUGGGCGAAGCGAAGUUUCACGUUGAUUAAAUUCUGCCCGACUCUCUCUGAGUUGAGAUUGGCUGUGACAGUUCGAGAGGCUCGGUCUCGGUCUCGUCGCGAGAGGGCUGCAACGUUCGAGCGGUGAAUCGCAAUCCGAGCGACGCGUUUCGAAAGAUCGACGUGUCGUCGCCGUCUAAAGAGGUAGGUAGCUCUUGCUCGAUACGGUUUAUCGCGCCGUAGGGAAUCGUGCGCGGAAUGAGAACUCGGUUGCACGUACCACGUGAAUUUGCCACCGCGAAUCGACACGAACAGUGGAAGCGGAACAAGUGACAAACGUUACGCAUGCUGCUGGUUGCUGUUCGAUGCGAAUAAACGGAAGCUUGCUGCAAGGACAAGAAUCGACAAGGAACCGAUACGCGUCGUGUUUGGCACAAGCCUUCUGUCGAAACGUGACGUUUCAGUGCAACAGUUUUUCUUUUUAAUCGGGAAUCGGUCAGUUCGAUCGAUCGCGUGUGCGGUGUAAACGAACUUUAAUGCCGCGGAAACGAAACGGACUACGCGUACAGUGAAAAUACACCGCGAACAGUGUCAAUUGGAGAGUAUAUAAUGUGCAAGCGAGGCUCGGACGACACCUAACAUCCACGUCUGAUGACAAACGUCAACAGGAUCAGGGUGGUCGUCCUCGGCGGCCCCAGAGUCGGAAAAUCAGCUGUAGUCGUGCGGUAUUUGACGAGGCGGUACAUUGGCGAGUACAGCUCAACCAGCGAUUUCCUGUACCGGCACAGCGUUACCAUCGAUAACGUUAAUACCGAGGUCGAGAUACUGGACACUUCCAGGUGCGAGGAGAAUGGUUGUCUUUACUCUCACAUCCGGUGGGGCGAGGCUUUCGUCAUCGUUUACAGCGUGACGUGUAAACGAAGCUUUCAGGAGGCCCGUGGACUGCUAAAGCAGCUCGCUGAUCUACGCCUGCCAUCCUAUUUCACCGCUCUGCUGCUUGGCAACAAGAGAGAUCUGGAUCAUGCCCGAGAGGUGUGCGUGGACGAGGGCCAGCAGCUGUCGUUGGCGCACGGGUGCCAGUUCUACGAGGUCAGCGCCGCGGAGAGUCCCGCGGGAGCCGCGCUGGCGUUCCAGGCGCUCCUGCGGGAGGCGAGAUCGGUCCAGCUCCUGCGGGCGCUCCCCAUUCGCCGGAAGUUGGGCGUUCACUCUGUCUCGAGGGUGCUGGGCACCAUCUUCGGGAAGAACACCACCAAGGACCGCAAGAAGAGGCCCUCGCUGAGCAUAUGACGCCUCCUCUGCGCCCUCCUCCUCGGAGGUCGUGACGAACCGGACAUGAGAACCGACGUGAUCGUUCUCAGCAGCAACGUUUACGCGAACCGCUGAUUGAGGACACCGAGAACGCGAUUCUGACCAAGAAGAAGCCUCGGUGGCUUCCUCGCGAUGAACGUUUUCGAGAUCCUCCUGGCGAAGGUUCCCGAUUCGUAUGUCUUCGACGUGGGGACGUUGGAUCCGUGGGCGAGGGAUCCAAGGGUCCUCGAAGACGGAGAGUGUCCUUUCGAACGAGCAGAGGUCUGAUGGAUGAGGAAGAGGGCGCAGGAGUAGUUUUGUCUAACGAAGGAUCUCCAUGAAGCCAAGAAGUCACGAAGAAGUUGAUGCAGGUCAUUGGUUCGUGAAAUAAAUUGAGCGAAGAAUAGAUGGGUCUGGGUGACUAGGUCGAGAGACCAAACAUUCCUCAAUCAGAAUGACUGAAGAAGAGGUCUAUGGUGUCCAGGCUAAGCGACCCAAGUGAUUCGAUGAAGACCUCAAGAGUUCUAUGAAAUUUUAAGAAGACCUGAUGUCUAGGUAAUUGGACCAAGUCUAAGAGUUCUUAAAUCAAAUGAAAAAAGAAAGAGGUGAAUGGUCUUUAGAUCUAGCGACCUAGAGUGGCUCAGUCGGAUUGGGUCAAGGCGCGGUGACCAACCCAAGAGUCCAAUAGUUGCUCGGAGUGAGGUGUGGCGUAACAGAAAUCAGUGAUGUCUGGGGCGACUCCACCAGUCGCCAGUCGGGACGUUUGCUUGGCAUUUGCGUGAGAUCCUCGUUGAGAGACGUUUCGUUCAGCUAAGAAACAUUCGUGAGAACAGUGGAUUUAUCGGGCCGUGUGAAAGACUGCCACGGCCGUGGAAACGACUAAUGGCUCGUGAAGUCGAAGUUGAUACCGAGUGCGCAGGAUCUGUGCGACCUCCGUUUCGGUGUUUCCCCGUUUCGACGUACUCCGUACAGCGUUCAAAGCCAUUUUCUCUCCUCGUUUAGGGUGCUCGAGGGUUGAAUUCGUCGGCCAUCUUGCGCUGGACGCGCGACCGCUGUUCCUGAACGGUCUAGCUUUAAACGCGUCCGAAAUAGAAACGGUACGGUUACUCUCAGACGUAAGAGAAUUACGUUUACCGUUUCACACGUGAUAUAUUAUUGUUUACACUCGGACUAACCGAGAACGCGACGAGCAUUGCCGAUUCCGAGCUCGUUCCUUCGUCACGGAAUUGGAUACGAGCUCCGAGCGAGAGGUGGGCAAAAUUCUUAUUCGCGCAAACGUUAUUGUGAUUAUUAUUAUUAUUAUUAUUAUAAUCAGCGUUUCGGCUAGGUCUCGACGAGUAAAACGAGUCCAAACACAACCCCGUUCCGACUACUUUUAAUUAUACCUAUUUGGAUCAUAGCGGUCGUGUUGGUACUCGUUUUCGUCAGGGAAGCCUCGCCGAUUCAUUGACAACGCUUUCAUCAAAAUAUACGAAAAUAUUGAUAUAUAUGAAUAUAUUUAAAUGUUACGAAAUUGAAAAUUUUAACUAAAUGGAAUAAAAUUUUGCCCACUUUUGUUCCGCGUGCGGAGACUGGCGUCGCCCUCGAACCUAAACCCGACAGUCUUUCAAAUUUCCGCAGCCUCCGCCGAAUGAAGGUCGUUCAUUCGCACGGACAGCGCUGCAGCCACGAUUCGAUCGCGGUCUAUCCUUCGGAGCGCGCACGCGUACGUCGAAGGAAUCGGUCGUUGGUCGCGAAACGGGAGGAGGAAGCAGCUCAAAUCGUAACGAACCGGUUGUAAUUUCAGGCACACGGCCGAGUUUUGCUCUCGAGAGUUUACUCUGCGCUCGGGGACGAUCGCGAGACGUUUAACGCUGCGAGUCGAGCGACGGGGAAUGUAUCAGUUCGACGAGCAAUUUUCACCCCGAAUCCAAGUCACGAGUCCAUUUCAUCCUAACCACUUGACCAUUCGGUUCGAUACUGUUCUACCAGGCACUAAGGUCAUCCAAGUAGCAUUUCCCAUUCAGAAUUCCUUCCUACCAAAACCAGCCAUCCUAACGACUUUAUUUCUCUUUUAAAACUCUUGAUGCUUUCAUCGAUUAAUUUCUUCGAUUAAUUUUUUUCUUCCCAAUCCCCGGAGAUCGUGCUCGUGAUUUUGAGACGGCGGAAUCGCACGAAACGAGACACGGGUUUGCGUGUUCGAGAUCGAACCACCGAGUUCCGAGUAAUCGAUUCGACAACCUUAAUGUUCCUACUGAAAGUAGCCUAAGUGUACAUAGCGCACAUUCACUUGCUGAGUAUAACUCUAAAGAGAUUCGUGGAAUCGUUUAAAUAUUAAGGUCGCGGGGUUAGCGCGGAGGGGGAGGAUAAGGUCAGCAAACCUUCGAAAGGAUAGAUUACUGUUUGGAGAUACGAGUAUUCGCGGUUUAUCCUUCGUUUCUUCUUUCUCGCGCUGACGGAGACUACGGUGACGACGUGUUUGGAGCAUUUUUUUGUAAAUUGUUCGUUUUUCUACGGUAGACGUACGUUAACGGUCGAAUUUAAGGUUCUUAGUUGCGUAAGUCGUGUAUGUAUAUUUUCAGUGCCUUUCGUAUUGUCAGUGUUGGGUGUAAUAUUUCUUCCGAGCUCGCAGAGCCUUUUUGCCUCGUCUGUGAAUGCGAAUGAACGAGUACAACAUCUUUCCCAGUUAACUGAGACAAUUCAGUUGAAAAGUUCUUCCAUAACAUUUUAAUUAUUAUAUUUUUCAUUUUUUAUUUUACAGGAGUAAUACGAAUGAAUUGGCAAGAUUCUCGCGAGUAAAACGAGUCCAAACACGACCUCGUUCCGACACCUUUUAUUCGUACGUAAUUAUAGUGAUUUCGGACCAGACUAUCGUAAAGUGUAAUUGAAAAUAGUCCGAAGUAGGUCGUGUUUGGGCUCAUUUCACUCGCAAAAGCCUCGCCAAUUCAGUUGUAACACUUCUGCGAAUAUACAUUGGAAAAACAUACUAAUUUGGCUUUAAUUAACUGGGAGAUACUGUGUACGAUCGGAGUGAAUUUAAUGACAGCUCAAAGCCACUUCCUCCGCUGCAGAUUUUUACUCUUACUCUAUGUCUUUUUAUCGAGGAGACUUGAAAUAGAGUGGUGAGGGUAAAUCCUCAGUGACCUUGAGCAGCCAGUCGAUCUGGCUCCGAUCUAACCUCGAAAGUGCUGUGAAUAUAUCUUUCUUCCUCGACGCGGUCUGUCUUCGGUAAUUUUUUAUUUUGUAUUUUUCUACUUGCACUGCGAUCUACCGAGCAGUGUUCGCGUGUUCGUAAACGAGCGAAAAAAGUAAACGCGCACGACGAAUAUUCACGAGAAGGUUCCCCUGCGAGCUGCGUUAGGGAAGGAUGAAAGAAUGUGCUUCCAGAGCGUGCCUAAUCGAUACAUUCCAAAACGUGUGAAAAUUAGAGAAUCUAACGGGCGUGAGUGUGUCAUGCGGUUUUCGAAUUCUGACCGAUAUCGAUCGCUGUAUUUUAAGUGCUAGUCACUUGUUAUUGUAAAUUGAGAAAGAAUAAAAUUCUUUUGUUAAACAUCACGCUGAUACUGUC